AUGAUUGAUUUACUUUACUAGGAAAUUGGAACAAUAGGAAAGACAAUUGAGAUUUAAUGAAAUUUAAUUCAUAAGCAAACAAAUUAAUAUUUCAUAAUUACACUUCAAUUAUUUUGUGUCUAAUAAGUUAAUACAAUAUUGACACUAAUCUGUUAAUAAAUGCAUUGACCAUUUGUGAGUAAAACGGCAAAAUCAGUUAGUUACUUGUUCGUAACCAUCUUGACCUAUUUUGACCUGUUUAAGAAGAGAAACGAGAAAACGAAAGAUGAACAAGAUUAUUAUUAUCAUGAUGAUGAUGGUGUUGAGGGAGAUUUAAUGGGUGAGGUGAAUUGGUUAAGGAGGUUGUGUCCAGUUACCAAAAAGUUACCAAAACCUGUAAAUAACGGCUCACGCUUUUUCAUCUUUUACCGCACUCUUUAUCAUCAUCUUUACUCUCUCUUUCUCAUCUUGCAAUUGAUUUUAUGGAUUUAUGUACAUCAUCAUUAUCAUCAGCCCUUUUCUUCUUCUUCUUCUUUAUCAAUUCUUGAUGUUUCACUGAGAAAGUAACCUGAAAAUGUAAAUCAUUUCACUAUUCUCUUCUCACUCACACUCGCAUAUAACUCUCUUUUCUUGUCCUGAUAUAAAAGGACUGACCAGUACUUUGAUCAUCAUUCGAUUGUCUGAUCUGUACGGAGAUCAGUUAACAAGUAGCGAUUUUCAACGUAUUUCAUUCUUUAACUUCAUAACUUAGUAACUUAAAUUUCCUGUGAUCAUCAUGAAACCUUUUGCUUUAGUCCUUUUAUCAGUAACCUUAGUAGCUGCUAGCAGAAGCGGUGGCUACGGCGGUGGAUCCAGCGGUGGUUACGGUGGAUCUAGCGGUGGAUCUAGCGGUGGUUAUGGCGGUGGUGCUUCAACCGGAGGUUACGGUGGCGGUGCUUCAGCCGGAGGCUACGGUGGUGGUGCAUCAUCUGGUGGUUAUGGUGGUGGUGCAUCAUCUGGAGGCUACGGUGGUGGUGCUUCAUCAGGAGGAUACGGUGGCGGUGCUUCAGCCGGAGGUUACGGCGGUGGUGCUUCUUCUGGUGGUUAUGGUGGUGGUGCUUCAACCGGCGGAUACGGUGGUGGUGCAUCAGCCGGUGGUUACGGUGGUAGUGCAUCUGGUGGUAAAUCAUCAUACAAAGUUCUUUACUUGCCUGUGAUCCCAGUGAAAUCCCAAAAAUCAGGAGGUUCAAGCUACGGUGGACAAUCUUCAGCUGGAGGUUACGGUGGAGCUUCCGGUGGAGCUUCUGGAGGUUCAGCCUAUGGAGGUGGAUCAUCUGCUGGCGGUUAUGGUGGAGCUUCAGGUGGCUCAAGCUACGGUGGUGGUGCUUCAGCCGGAGGUUACGGCGGUGGUGCAUCAACCGGUGGUUCAGGCUACGGUGGACAAGCCUCAGCUGGAGGUUAUGGUGGAGCUUCAGGUGGUUCAAGCUAUGGAGGUGGAUCAUCUGCUGGAGGUUACGGUGGUGGUGCAUCAACCGGUGGUUCAAGCUACGGUGGACAAGCUUCAGCUGGAGGUUAUGGUGGAGCUUCAGGUGGCUCAGGAUACGGUGGACAAGCUUCAGCCGGAGGUUACGGUGGAGCUAGCGGUGGAGCUGCUGGUGGUUCAGGCUAUGGAGGUGGAUCAUCUGCUGGAGGUUAUGGUGGAUCUUCAGGAGGUUCAAGCUACGGCGGACAAGCUUCAGCCGGAGGUUACGGUGGAGCUUCAGGUGGCUCAAGCUAUGGAGGUGGAUCAUCUUCUGCUGGCGGUUAUGGUGGUGCAGCUCAAUCUGAUGAUGCUCCAGUCAUUCCCGUUAUCAUAAUCCAAAAAGAUGAAGCUGGAGGUUCAGGCUAUGGAGGCUCAUCAGGAGGCUCAGGCUACGGAGGUUCAUCAGGAGGUUCAAGCUACGGAGGCUCAUCAGGAGGUUCAGGCUAUGGUGGUUCCUCAGGUGGCUCAGGAGGAGCUUAUGGAGGUGGAGCUUCAGGUAAAUCAUCAGGAUAUGGUGGCUCAUCUGGUGGCUCAGGAUACGGAGGUUCUGGUUCAGGCUCAGGCUAUGGCGGUGGCGCCUCAGCUGGAGGUUAUGGUGGUGGUGCAUCAGCCGGUGGUUACGGUGGUGGUGCUUCAUCCGGAGGUUAUGGCGGCGGUGCCUCAUCUGGAGGUUACGGUGGCGGUGCAUCAGCCGGAGGUUAUGGCGGUGGAAAGGGCAAGGGUGGUGCUUCUGGUGCCUCAGGAUAUUGAUCUCUUUUACCUUUUAAAUCUCAAAAAUCAAAUCACACAACUCUUUCCUCUACUUAAAUAAGACUCAUCAUUUCAUUCCCUCUUUCAUACUCAACUCUCAUCCUUUCAACUCCCUCACAUCCUUUCCUUUCUCAUUCCCUAGAAAGAUUUCCUAAUUUCCUUCUUUGAUUUAACCCUUUUCUGUAAAGUGACAAUUCAUCAAUCAAUUAAGUUGAAAAUAGCCAAGCUUAUUUCAUUAACUCCUCAUAAAAUAACCAUAAUGUUGAAACAUUUUACAAAGUGGAAAACCUAUGCUAUAUCAUCAUCAUUUAACAUGGAAACCAUAAUUACCUUAUCGUAUCAAUGGUCAUCGUUAAUCAACUAAUUGCCCGUCACCAAUUCAUACUUUUUUUCAUAACCAACUUGUGCAAUUUGGUCAUAAAAACAUCAUAAACAACCAAUUCACCAAAAUCCCAACUCCUUGUCCAACAAAAUACCUAAUCUGGAUUCCACAUUCAUAAGAGUGAAAUUGACUAUGAUGAUAAUAAUGUCACUUUAUCAUGUGUAAUAUACUAUAAAUAAUAAUUUGUAUUAAGUUGAUUUUCAUGAUUAAAUCAAUUUAAUUCUUGUCUUUAAAUUUGUGUCUCUUCGUUUUUAGACACUCUCAAAGCUAUCAAAAGCUAACGGUCAAAAAUUUGAUUUUCACAAUCAAAAGUAAAUCAUUUUCUUUGUCAAGUUGAAGUUUGAUGAAAGAUAUAAUUAUUUUAAUUCUGUUAUUGAAAUGUAAUUGCUAUUGGGUAAAAUCAAUAAAAAUUGGAAUACAG